CACCAAAAAAUGUUAUCAAAUGAACACUUAGCUUCAAGGGCUUAAAGAGCAAGGCCCAAAAGAAAGAGAAGUCGAAGACGGUGCAAUGAAACUACACGCUGUCGUUUUCGUAGCCACAAGUUGCAGACAGAAAGGGGAAAUUUUGAUCAAGAAGCAGUUAGGGUUCCGUCAAGAAAGUGAAAGAAUGGGGGGUAAGUGUCCGAGCAGGAAAGUGAAGAAGCGAAGGUACUCUCACAAAACGGCUCGCCGCACCAAAUUCCUCGUCAAAGAUAUCCUUUUCGUUAUCAAUUUGAUGUUGCCCAGUUCUUAAAUUUACAUUCUUUCCAAUCAAAAUUGAAUUUUGUUUGUCCUUGACGGAGAAUUUCUGGUUCACGCGACGACGCUGUCUAUGAAGAGCUGCAGAAGCUUGAUUCGGAGACGAAGCCAUUGCCCCUCGAUGAAGAUUUGCCUGGAAUGGGUCAAUACUACUGCUUACACUGCGAUCGAUACUUUGCUAAUGUGACAGUCAGGGAUGAACAUUACAAGUCAAAACGCCACAAAAAACGUGUGAAGCAAAUGAUGGGGCCAGCUCCACACACUCAACUUGAUGCUGAGUUAGCAGGUGGGAUGGGAAUGCCAGAUAAUGGCCCAAAGCUUAUGUUGAUGUGAGCAUUCUAUAUUUGGUUUUGUGGUUCUGUCGAUCAGUGGGCUAAGAUUAGCCUCCUGGUUGCAGAGAAUAUUUAUUAUGGAAAGGUCAUUAGAAGGAAUCCUCUGUACCUUGCUACAGUAACAAUCAAGUCUUGACCAGUUUAGGCAUUAUUAUGCUGUUUCUUUUCUUUUGGAUCAGUUAAUUUUCCCUUUUUUACAUAAAAAGUUAUCAUUUAUUCUUUUUCUUUUGUAAGCAUUGCAAUGCAAAUGACAAUAGUCACAAGUAAUGGGAAUGCUGAUUAUUAUAUUUUUUGCCAGUUCAUUUUCCAAAAGAUGAUCAUAUGUUUUCAGAUUUGCCUGUAUAUCAUGUUGUCUCUUGGCCUCUGCCAUUUCCAACAAAGACAAUGAAGAACAAUUUAAAUGCAGCCAGUCUUUUAUGCAGAGUCUUAGCACUUGAAAGUCGAGACCCAUCUUUGGGAUCUAUGACCACCGACAUCCUUAUAUCUGUUUGCACAUCAAAGAAGAGAUUAGGUGGGGUCAGAUGAGGAGAUCAACACACCACCAUCACCUGCCAUUUUCCCAAACUUCCCUUAUCUUCUCCUCUCACUCGAUGUCCACUGCUUUGAUUGGAGCUUGACUGAAAUGUCUCUGCAUAAUUAAGAUCCCACCUUCUU